CAGGCUUGCUGCAUUAGAAGCUUGCUGAUUCCUUUUUAUCCAGCGAUGAACCUGAUCUAGAUUCUUUGUAGAGUUUCUGGUCUUCUAUCUCUCCUGCUUAUAUAUUUGCCGCUUCGAUCCCUUCCAAGGGGUGCUCACUGGAAACCUUGGUCGGAGUUUUGCCUCCUGGAUAUCUCUCCGGUCUUGACUACGUGGAUCUAGAAAGCUUUGGAUGCGGGUGCCACAGUGGUAACCAGAAUACCGUAUUGCAUACAGAAUCCCCUCGAUACGCUCGAAUUAAUUACCAAUUUUUGCCUAAGGCGUUCACUUCCUUCUUCCUUUCUCAUCAACUGUCCCCGCCUUGACCCUCCACAUCCUGAGGAUCCCCCCCUCUCUCCCCUCUCAAUCUCUUUCGUUCAUUCGAUUCAAACCCCUGUUGGUUUUAAGAAUCUUAUCAACCGUCUCCUUUCCGGUUGAGAAUUCACCUCGGGUUGAGUGCUUUUGAAAAGUUUCUUCCGGUUUCAAGAAAAAGGAAACCCAAUCGAUUCUUUCACCUUUUUACCUAUCGCUUGCUCUCUUUGUUCAUUUAAUAUCUCGUCACAAUGGUCAAGGAUCAAAAGUUUUACGACGCCCUCGGGGUUUCCCCCGAUGCCACUGAGGCCCAGCUCAAGACCGCCUACAAGAAGGGUGCUCUCAAGUAUCAUCCCGACAAGAACAAGAACAACGACGAUGCGGCCGAGAAAUUCAAGGAGAUGUCCCACGCCUAUGAGAUCCUUUCGGAUCCCGAGAAGCGUUCUAUUUACGACCAAUACGGUGAAGAGGGCCUCGAAGGUGGUGGCAUGGGUGGUGGUAUGGGUGCGGAGGACCUGUUCGCCCAGUUCUUCGGCGGCGGCGGUGGCGCCUUCGGAGGCAUGUUCGGCGGCGGCGGUGCGCGCGAACAGGGCCCCAAGAAGGCGCGGACGAUCCACCACGUUCACAAGGUCAACCUGGAGGAUAUCUACCGUGGCAAGGUCUCGAAGCUGGCUCUGCAGAAGUCGGUCAUCUGCCCCGGCUGUGAUGGCCGUGGUGGCAAGGAAGGCGCCGUCAAGUCGUGUACCGGUUGCAGUGGCUCCGGUAUGAAGACCAUGAUGCGCCAGAUGGGCCCCAUGAUCCAGCGCUUCCAGACCGUGUGCCCCGACUGCAACGGUGAGGGUGAGAUUGUCCGCGACAAGGACCGCUGCAAGCGCUGCAACGGCAAGAAGACCGUUGUGGAGCGCAAGGUCCUCCACGUCCACGUCGAUAAGGGUGUCAGGAACGGCCACAAGAUCGACUUCCGCGGCGAGGGUGACCAGAUGCCUGGUGGUUUGCCUGGAGAUGUGGUGUUUGAGAUUGAGCAGAAGCCUCACCCUCGAUUCCAGCGCAAGGGCGAUGACCUGUUCUACCAUGUCGACGUCGAUCUUCUCACGGCCCUUGGCGGCGGUAGCUUCAGCGUCGAGCACCUGGAUGACCGGUGGAUCACCGUGAACAUCGCCCCUGGCGAGGUCAUCACUCCUGGCGCCAUCAAGGUGAUCAAGGGACAGGGUAUGCCUUCGUUCCGCCACCACGACUAUGGCAACCUCUAUGUCCAGUUCGACGUCAAGUUCCCCCAGAAGGAUCAGCUUCAGAACCUCAACCUGCUGGAACAGGUCCUGCCUCCUCGUUUGGAGCAGACUAAGGCCCCCGCCGAUGCCAUGGUGGAGGACUUUGAGCUGGAAGACGUUGAUGGCAGCGAGGGCUCGCAACAACGGGCCCAGAACGCCGCUCACGCGAUGGAUGAGGAUGACGAGGAUGUUCCUCCGGGCGCCGAGAGAGUGCAGUGCGCUUCGCAGUAAACGGGGAGAUCUAGGUUUGGGGGAGCUGGAGCAUGAUAAAAUUCGCUUAUGAUACCAUGUGGUGGUUUCGGCCGGUAACCCUUUACCGGGGAUUGCUUUUCUUUGACAUGAUGACUUUUAUUUUUGCUUUUCAAGUGCUUUGCGAUGGCGUUUACCCGAAGACCUGGAAGGUGACAAUGGAGAUUUCUUCGUUAUUGCACUUGCUCAUUGCCAUGAGGGACCUUCGCUGAUGACGCGAUGGAUGAGACCAUGUGGAACGAAUUAAUCGAUUUUGCUACAUACUUUCCGUCACGACCUAGGCCGAGUCGGGUGGGUUAGGUUAUGGUGGCACGUCGGGAUUGAGUGUGUUUUUACCUCUAUAGACUACAACAUUUGGGUAUUCAAUCCUUCA